AUUUAAGAAUCAUAUAUGAAUAAUAUUUUAUAUGUAUACGAUUAUUUUUUUGUAGGUUUCACAGCGGCGUACAGUCCGAAGAGUUAUAAUGGCGCCAAGAGGUCCCACUGUCCAGCAACGGUUCACAGACAACCGGCGAACAGGCAAGACACGACGAUGAGAUUGAGACAACUGAGGUCUGAGAUGAGUCGGACCACUUCUGUUCAAGGACCAGCUCUUGAUGGAUACUUAGUCACUUCGGACGAUGCGCAUCAGAGUGAUACCCUGGAUCCUCACGAUAUGAGGAGAGAAUAUAUCACCGGAUUUUACGGAAGCGCAGGCGAGGCUCUUAUCACUAAAAACAAGGCUGUGCUCUGGACGGACGGGAGAUACCACAUUCAGGCUGAUCAUCAGCUUGAUUGCAAUUGGAUUCUUAUGAAACGCGGUAGGAAGGACGUUCCUAGUCUGACAGAAUGGUUGGAGCAUGAAUUUCAAAACGAAUCUAACGUACGCAUUGGCGCCGAUCCAACGCUUGUAUCUUCCAACAGUUGGGGAAGUUGGAAUUAUGACUUAGCGAACUCGUCUGUAAAACUGGUUCCCGUGCACAACAAUCUGGUGGACCUGAUCUGGCAGAUCGACCGGCCAAAUUACAACUCUUACCCUGCAUAUCCUUUGCCAUAUAAGUAUUCCGGAAGGGCCUGGCAAGACAAGGUCCAGGCGAUUCGCAGGGAAAUGGGAUUGUAUCGAACCGACGCGCUCGUAAUCACAGCUCUGGACGAGAUAGCCUGGUUGUUCAACAUCCGUGGCUACGAUCUACCUCACACGCCUGUCCUCAGGGCGUACACUAUCAUCACCGAGGAAUCGAUACACCUGUACACGCCUGAACAGAAAAUCCUCGGAUCCGUCCAGCAGCAUUUAAAGAUGCAUUUCUGCUCGAAUGCAAAUUGCGUCCGAUGGCAUAAUUACACGUCUAUCUGGUACGAUUUACGGACGAUGUCUCAAGUUUGGAAGCUGGUGUGGCUACCAACGGAAUGCAGUUACAGCCCGGGUGCGUCCAUGGAAAUAUUUAACUGUAUUCCCCCUAAGAAACGAUUUCCGAACCCGUCGCCUGUACUGAGUUUACGAGCGCAGAAGAACGAGAUAGAAGCCGAAGGGAUGAGGAGAUCGCAUUUAAGGGAUGCCGUAGCUAUGUGCGAUUUUUUAGCAUACCUCGAACGGGAAUACGAUAUGAACCCCGAUGAGUGGGACGAAAUGCAGGUAGUCAGAUUGGCGAACGAAUUUCGUUACGAACAGGAUUACAAUAAAGGCAUCUCGUUCCCUACGAUCGUCGGGUACGGACCUCACGCAGCGAUUCCUCAUUACGAGCCUAACAAUAUGACGAAUAGUAAAAUUGGAAGAGCGUCUACGUUGGUCGUAGACUCCGGAGGACAGUAUUUAGAUGGAACGACUGAUGUCACGAGGACGUUGCAUUUCGGUGUGCCAACGGAAGAGCACAAGAAAGCGUACACGAGGGUGUUGAUCGGUUCGAUACAACUGGCUUCGUUAAUCUUCCCAAGCAAUUUACAGUCGAACCAGCUGGACGUCGUCGCGAGGACGCCGUUGUGGAAUAUUGGUUACGACUACUUGCACGGGACUGGCCAUGGAAUCGGUCACUUCCUGUCUGUCCACGAAUCGCCUAUUGCUGUGUCGUACGCGCAGACCGCGUCGUCGGACACUGUUUGCGGACCGGUCGAAUUUAAACCAGGAUUCUUUUUAUCAAACGAACCGGGUUAUUACAAAGAAGGGGACUUCGGCGUCCGUUUAGAGAACAUCAUCGAAACGGUGGAAGCCGGCACAUCUGAUUUCACUGAUAAGACCUCGGAGACUUUUUUAAAGUUCAGGGAUGUCACGCUGGUACCGUACGAGCCAAAGUUAAUUGAUAUUAAAAUGUUGACCCCCGCUCACAUACGAUGGUUAAACAAUUAUAAUCGUCGAAUUAGAAAUGAGGUAGGAGCGGAAUUGAAAAGGAGAUUAAAAAUGGACGCAUUUGACUGGAUGAGGACGAAAACUGCAACCAUUCCAGAAGUAAACCCGGUCGAUGAAGGACCGUUCACCGCUUCUCAUUCGACAACCAUGUUCAAACGAUUUCAUUGUUUAAUUUUCAUAAUUUCCAUCUACCACACUCUGUUCAGUUUUCCAAAUGUAUGGAGUUAAUGCAUAACCGGAAGACUGUGUACAUAGAUUCGUAAAAGUUUAGUGAAUAAAAUACAGUUUAAUAACGAUAUACGUAACUGGCGAACUGUUAAUAAUUGUUAAAAUUAUUUUGUACCUUACUGCCAACUCUGAACGUUUCGUUCCACCAUUAUAAUAGAAUGUUCGAAAAAUGGUAAGACAGUAAAUGUUGGUGGUGGAAUUUGUAUGAUUGUAUUUUGUAAAUAUGCGUAAUUUAUUGUAGCGGAACGAAAUAAAGAUGUUAGCAUUGUA